AUCAAUGAAAGGACAUCAAUUCAAAUCCUGGAUUUUCGAAUUGAGAGAGAUAUUGAGAGAGAUUAAGAAUUCUCACUAUUUCUUAGAUUCAUGGACCCAAUUCAAUUCAGUGGGAUCUUUCAUUCACAUUUUUUUCCACCAAGAACGUUUUAUAAAACUCUUUGACCCCCGAAUUUGGAGUAUCCUACUUUCACGCAAUUCACAGGGUUCAACAAGCAAUCGAUAUUUCACGAUCAAGGGUGUAGUACUCUUUGUGGUAGUGGUCCUUAUAUAUCGUAUUACCAAUCGAAAUAUGGUCGAAAGAAAAAAUCUCUAUUUGAUAGGGCUUCUUCCUAUACCUAUGAAUUCCAUUGGACCCAGAAAUGAUACAUUGAAAAAAUCCUUUUGGUCUUCCAAUAUCAAUAGGCUGAUUGUUUCGCUACUCUAUCUUCCAAAAGGAAAGAAGAUUUCUGAGAGUUAUUUACUAGAUCCGAAAGAGAGUACUUGGUUUCUUCCAAUAACUAAAAAGUGUAUCAUGUCUGAAUCUAACCGGGGUUCGCGGUGGUGGAGGAACUGGAUCGGAAAAAAGAGGGAUUCUAGUUGUAAGAUAUCUAAUGAAACCGUCGCUGGAAUUGAGAUCUCAUUCAAAGAGAAAGAUAUCAAAUAUCUGGAGUUUCCCUUUGUAUAUUAUAUGGAUGAUCCGAUCCGCAAGGACCACGAUUGGGAAUUGUUUGAUUGUCUUUCUCUGAGGAAGAGGCGAAACAUAAUCAACUUGAAUUCGGGACAGCUUUUCGAAAUCGUAGUGAAGCACUGGAUUUGUUAUCUCAUGUCUGCUUUUCGUGAAAAAAUACCAAUUGAAGUGGAGAGUUUCUUCAAAGAACAAGGGGCUGGGUCAACUAGUCAAUCAAAUGAUAUUGAGCAUGUUUCCCAUCUCUUCUCGAGAAACAAGUGGGCUAUUUCUUUGCAAAAUUGUGCUCAAUUUCAUAUGUGGCAAUUCCACCAAGAUUUAUUCGUUAGUUGGGGGAAGAAUCCGUACGAAUCGGAUUUUUUGAGGAACGCAUCGAGAGAGAAUUGGAUUUGGCUAGACAAUGUGUGGUUGGUAAAUAAGGAUCGGUUUUUUAGCAAGGUACGGAAUGUAUCGUCAAAUAUUCAAUAUGAUUCCACAAGAUCUAGUUUUGUUCAAGUAAUGGAUUCUAAUACAAGAUCCAUUCGUUCUUUUUUCUCUGACAGAUGGUCAGAACUUCAUCUGGGUUCAAAUCCUACUGAGAGGUCCACUAGAGAUCAGAAAUUGUUGAAGAAACAACAAGAUGUUUCUUUUGCCCCUUCCAGGCGAUCGGAAAAUAACGAAAUGGUUAAUAUAUUCAAGAUAAUUAAGUAUUUACAAAGUACCGUCUCAAUUCAUCCUAUUUCAUCAGAUCCGGGAUGUGAUAUGGUUCCGAAGGAUGAACCGGAUAUGGACAGUUCCGCUAAGAUUUCAUUCUUGAACAAAAAUUCAUUUUUUUACUUAUUUCAUCUAUUCCAUGACCGAAACAGGGGGGGAUACACAUUACACCACGAUUUUGAAUCCGAAGAGAAAUUUCAAGAAAUGGCGGAUCUAUUCACUCUAUCAAUAACCGAGCCGGAUCUGGUGUAUCAUAAGGGAUUUGCCUUUUCUAUUGAUUCCUGCGGAUUGGAUCAAAAACAACUCUUGAAUGAGGUAUUUAACUCCAGGGAUGAAUCGAAAAAGAAAUCUUUAUUGGUUCUAUCUCCUAUUUUUUAUGAAGAGAGUGAAUCUUUUUAUCGAAGGAUCCGAAAAAAUGGGUUUCGGAUCUCCUGCGGGAAUUAUUUGGAAGAUAGAAAACAAAAAAACGAUACUCUGAAUCAUAGAACUAUAAGGAAAUAUACGAUCAACCAACAUUUAUCGAAUUUGAAAAAGAGUCAGAAGAAAUGGGUUGAUCCUCUUAUUUUUCUUUCUCGAACCGAGAGAUUCAUGAAUCGGGAUCCUGAUGCAUAUAGAUACAAAUGGUUCAAUGGGAGCAAAAAUUUCCAGGAACAUUUGGAACAUUUCGUUUCUGAGCAGAGGAGCCAUUUUCAAGUAGUGUUCGAUCGAUUACGUAUUAAUCAAUAUUCGAUUGAUUGGUCUGAGGUUAUCGACAAAAAAGAUUUGUCUAAGUCACUUCGUUUCUUUUUGUCCAAGUCAUUUCGUUUCUUUUUGUCCAAGUCACUUUCCAAGUUGCUUCUCUUUUUGUCUAACUCACUUCCUUUUUUCUUUGUGAGUUUCGGGAAUAUCCCUAUUAAUAGGUCCGAGAUCCACAUUUAUGAAUUGAAAGGUCCGAAUGAUCAACUCUACAAUCCCUUGUUAGAAUCAAUAGGUCUUCAAAUCGUUCAUUUGAAAAAAUUGAAAGCUUUCUUAUUGGAUGAUCAUGAUACUUUCCAAAAAUCGAAAUUCUUGAUCAAUGGAGGAACAAUAUCACCAUUUUUGUUCAAUAAGAUACCAAAGUGGAUGAUUGACUCAUUCCAUACUAGAAAUAAUCGCGGGAAAUCCUUUGAUACCACGGAUUCCUAUUUCUCAAUGAUAUCCCACGAUCAAAACAAUUGGUUGAAUCCCGUAAAACCAUUUCAUAGAAGUUCAUUGAUAUCUUCUUUUUAUAAAACAAAUCGACUUCGAUUCUUGAAUAAUCCACAUCACUUCUGCUUCUAUUGUAACAAAAGAUUCCCUUUUUAUAUGGAAAAGGCCCGUAUCAAUAAUUCUGAUUUUACAUAUAGACAAUUCCUCAAUAUCUUGUUCAUUCACAACAAAAAAUUUUCUUUGUGUGUCGGUAAAAAAAAACAUGCUUUUUUGGAGAGAGAUACUAUUUCACCAAUUGAGUCACAGGUAUCUAACAUAUGCAUACCUAACGAUUUUCCAAUUCGAUCCGAUCUAUUCGUUCGUAGAACUAUUUACUCGAUCGCAGGCAUUUCUGGAACACCUCUAACAGAGGGACAAAUAGUCCAUUUUGAAAGAACUUAUGGUAAACCACCUCUUUCCAAUAUGAAUCUAUCUGAUUCAGAAAGGAAGAACUUGCAUCAGUAUCUCAAUCUCAAUUUCGGUUUGAUUUACACUCUAUGUUCUGAGAAAUAUUUACUAUCGGAAAAGAGGAAAAAACGGAGUCUUUGUCUAAAGAAAUGCGUUGAGAAAGGGCAGAUGUAUAGAGCCUUUCAACGAGAUAGUGCUUUUUCAACUCUCUCAAAAUGGAAUCUAUUCCAAACAUAUAUGCCAUGGUUCCUUACUUCGACAGGGUACAAAUAUCUAAAUUUUCUAUUUUUAGAUACUUUUUCAGACCUAUUGUCAAUACUAAGUAGCAAUCCAAAAUUUUUAUCUAUUCUUCAUGAUAUUAUGUACAGAUCAGAUAUAUCAUGGCGAAUUCUUCAGAAAAUUUUGUAUCUUCCACAAUGGAAUCUGAUAAGUGAGAUUUCGAGUAAGUGUUUACAUAAUCUUCUUCUGUACGAAAAAACGAUUCAUCAAAAUAAUGAGUCACCAUUGAUAUGGACACAUCUGGGAUCGCCAAAUGUUCGGGAGUUCUUCUAUUCAAUCCUUUUCCUUCUUCUUCUUGCUGGAUAUCUCGUUCGUACACAUCUUCUCUUUGUUUUUCGAGCCUCUAGUGAGUUACAGACAGAGUUCGAAAAGGUCAAAUCUUUGAUGAUUCCAUCAUACAUGAUUGAGUUGCGAAAACUUCUGGAUAGGUAUCCUACAUCGGAACCGAAUUCCUUCUGGUUAAAGAAUCUCUUUUUGGUUGCUUUGGAACAAUUAGGAGAUUCCCUAGAAGAAAUAUGGGGUUCUGUUUCUGGCGACAACAUGCUAUUGGGUAGUGGUCCCGCUUAUGGGUUCAAAUCAAUACGUUCUAAGAAAAAAUAUUUGAAUAUUAAUCUAAUCGAUAUCAUCGAUCUCAUAAGUAUCAUACCAAAUCCCAUCAAUCGAAUCACUUUUUCGAGAAAUACGAGACAUCUAAGUCAUACAAGUAAAGAGAUCUAUUCAUUGAUAAGAAAAAGAAAAAGGGUGAACGGUGAUUGGAUUGAUGAUAAAAUAGAAUCCUGGGUCGCGAGCAGUGAUUCGAUUGAUGAUGAAGAAAGAGAAUUCUUGGUUCAGUUCUCCACUUUAACGACAGAAAAAAGGAUUGAUAAAAUUCUAUUGAGUCUGACUCAUAGUGAUCAUUUAUCAAAGAAUGACUCUGGUUAUCAAAUGAUUGAACAACCGGGAGCAAUUUACUUACGACACUUAGUUGACAUUCAUAAAAAGUAUCUAAUGAAUUAUGAGUUCAAUACAUCUUGUUUAACAGAAAGACGAGUAUUCCUUGCUCAUUAUCAGACAAUCACUUAUUCACAAACCUCGUGUGGGGCUAAUAGUUUUCAUUUCCCAUCUCAUGGAAAACCCUUUUCGCUCCGAUUAGCCCUAUCCCCCUCUAGAGGUAUUUUAGUGAUAGGUUCUAUAGGAACUGGACGAUCCUAUUUGGUCAAAUACCUAGCGACAAACUCCUAUGUUCCUUUUAUUACGGUAUUUCUGAACAAGUUCCUGGAUAACAAGCCUAAAGGUUCUCUUAUUGAUCUUAGUGACGAUAUUUAUGCUAGUGCUAGUGACGAUAUUGAUGCUAGUGACUAUAUUGAUGCUAGUGACGAUAUCGAUUAUGACCUUGAUACGGAGCUGGAGCUGCUAACUAUGGAUAUGAUGCCGGAAAUUGACCCAUUUUCUAUCACCCUUCAAUUCGAAUUAGCAAAAGCAAUGUCUCCUUGCAUAAUAUGGAUUCCAAACAUUCAUGAUCUGGAUGUGAAUGAGUCGAAUUACUUAUCCCUCGGUCUAUUAGUGAACUAUCUCUCCAGGGAUUGUGAAAAAGGGUCUACUAGAAAUAUUCUUGUUAUUGCUUCGACUCAUAUUCCGCAAAAAGUGGAUCCCGCUCUAAUAGCCCCGAAUCAAUUAAAUACAUGCAUUAAGAUACGAAGGCUUCGUAUUCCACAACAACGAAAGCACUUUUUGACUCUUUCAUAUACUAGGGGAUUUCACUUGGAAAAGAAAAUGUUCCAUACUAAUGGAUUCGGGUCCAUAACCAUUGGUUCCAAUGUACGAGAUCUUGUAGCACUUAUCAAUGAGGCCCUAUCGAUUAGUAUUACACAGAAGAAAUCCAUUCUAGACACUAAUACAAUUCGAUCCGCUCUUCAUAGACAAACUUGGGAUUUGCGAUCCCAGGUAAGAUCGGUUCAGGAUCAUGGGAUCCUUUUCUAUCAGAUAGGAAGGGCUGUUGCACAAAAUGUACUUCUAAGUAAUUGCCCUAUAGAUCCUAUAUCUAUCUAUAUGAAGAAGAAAUCAUGUAACGAAGGGGAUUCUUAUUUGUACAAAUGGUACUUCGAACUUGGAACGAGCAUGAAGAAAUUAACGAUACUUCUUUAUCUUUUGAGUUGUUCUGCCGGAUCGGUCGCUCAAGAUCUUUGGUCUCUACCCGGACCCGAUGAAAAAAAUGGGAUCACUUCUUAUGGACUCGUUGAGAAUGAUUCUUAUCUAGUUCAUGGCCUAUUAGAAGUAGAAGGCGCUCUGGUGGGAUCCUCACGGACAGAAAAAGAUUGCAGUCAGAAUGAUCGAGUGACGUUGUUUCUUCGGUCCGAACUAAGGGAUCCUUUAGAUAUGAUGCAAAAUGGAUCUUGUUCUAUCCUUGAUCAUAGAUUUCUCUAUGAAAAAUACGAAUCGGAAUUGGAAGAAGGGGAAGGAGCCCUCGAUCCGCAACAGAUAGAGGAGGAUUUAUUCAAUCACAUAGUUUGGGCUCCUAGAAUAUGGAACCCCUGGGGCUUUCUAUUUGAUUGUAUCGAAAGGCCCAAUGAAUUGGGAUUUCCCUAUUGGGCCGGGUCAUUUCGGGGCAAGCGGAUCAUUUAUGAUAAAGAGGAUGAGCUUCAAGAGAAUGAGUCGGAGUUCUUGCAGAGUGGAACCAUGCAGUACCAGACACGAGAUAGAUUUUCCAAAGAACAGGGAUUUUUUCGAAUAAGCCAAUUCAUUUGGGACCCCUCAGAUCCACUCUUUUUCCUAUUCAAAGAUCAGCCCUUUGGCUCUGUGUUUUCACAUCGUGAAUUCUUUGCAGAUGCAGAGAUAUCAAAGGGGCUUCUUACUUCCCAAAUGAAUCCUCCUAUAUCUAUAUUUCAACGCUGGUUUCUCAAGAAUACGCAAGAAAAGCACUUUGAAUUGUUGAUUAAUCGCCAGAGAUGGCUUAGAACCAACAGCUCAUUAUCGAAUGGAUCUUUCCGUUCUAAUACUCUAUCCGAGAGUUAUCAGUAUUUAUCAAAUCUGUUCCUAUCUAACGGAACACUAUUGGAUCAAAUGACAAAGACAUUGUUGAGAAAAAGAUGGCUUUUCCCGGAUGAAAUGAAAAUUGGAUUCAUGCAAGAGUAGAAAGAUUUCCCAUUAGAUAGAGAAGAUCACCAAGAUUUCGUGAUCCGCUGCCGAACUUAUUCCAAUUCCAAGAUCUCGGAUCGAAUUAAUAUUGAUCCGAGAUCUUGGAAUUGCUCAUUCAAUGAGCAUUCUCAAUAUUAUGCCUUGAAGAGGACUCGAACCUCCACGCUCUUGAGCACGAGAUUUUGAGUCUCGCGUGUCUACCAUUUCACCACCAAGGCAUCUUGAAAGUGAUUCGUAUUCCAUGAAUAUGAUAUCUAUCUAGUGUGAUGUAUGGAAUAUAUAACAAAGGUGGAGUGUUGGAGUAUUUCUAUUGAUCGGUCAUAUAGGCCAGGGUCGGACAUCCAAUUGCUUCGAUUUGAAUUAUCCGGAGGAUACCUUAUCCUUAUAUAUAUCAAAAAGAUGGAUAAUCAACCCUAUUUUUCGAUUCAAUAGAAGCCUAAAGAGAUGAAUAGGGUCCCAAAUAACGAGAGAUGUAAAAAGCGGGUCCGAUUUCGCCUAUUCCUAAUCCUAUAUGGAAUGGAACGACGCGGGGAUCCAUAUGUAAACAUAGUAUCUAUUUAGAUACGCUCGAAUGACCCCUUCUCAUAAUGAGCAUGUAUAUAACCCUAUUCUGGUCCGGUAUGGAAUGAACUUAUAAUCAUGGAAUCGACUCGAUCAUCAGAUUCUAGAUUAUAAGUUCAUAACCCUAGCCCAUUCCCAUUUUGGGCGGAACAGAUCUACUAAAUUCUUUGAUUCCAGUUAGUAAGAGUAAGAGGGAUCUUAAACUAAGAAAUAGACUCUAGAAGCUAAAAAAGGGUAUCCUGAGCAAUUGUAAUAAUCGGGUUCAUUGAUAUUCCUGGUAUAGUAGAUGCUAUCACACAUAGGGCGCGAAGAAUAAGACUAAAAAGGGGUUAUUUGCUUUAUUUUUCAUCUAUCUUUUUUUUUUUCAAAAUAGAAUUAUAUAUAAUUCUAUUUUGUAUAAUUCUAUUUUGAAAAAAAAAAGAUAGAAUAAAUUCAAAAGAGAAAUCAAAUAAUAAGAUUCAGUUAUCAAUGGAAACGGAAA